AUGGGAAAGAAACAGAAGUCGAUGAAAGAUAGCGAAUUCGACGUGGGUGAAAUUCAAGCUGCAGGUGACUACUCAAUCAAACCUUCCGAAAAGACAGCUGUGUUAGAUACUUCACAGUGGCCACUCCUGUUGAAGAAUUUCGAUAAACUGAAUGUACGAUCUAAUCAUUAUACUCCACUUCCGGAAGGCUGCUCUCCUCUUAAAAGAGAUAUUAAGAAUUACGUCUCUUCUGGUUGCAUAAAUCUUGACAAGCCAGCUAAUCCGUCAAGUCAUGAAGUAGUUGCGUGGGUCAAGCGAAUAUUGCGAGUUGACAAAACUGGACAUAGUGGCACUUUGGAUCCGAAGGUGUCGGGCUGUUUGAUUGUUUGCAUCGAUCGAGCUACCAGACUUGCAAAAUCACAGCAGGGUGCUGGAAAGGAAUAUGUGGCGAUAUUUCGGUUGCACAAUACUGUUGAAUCAGAAAAAAAAGUGAAGCAAGCGUUGGAGAAGUUGACCGGCGCAUUAUUUCAACGCCCACCACUCAUAUCCGCUGUUAAACGGCAAUUAAGGAUUAGGACAAUUUACGAAAACAAAUUGAUUGAGUAUAAUUCGAGUCAGAAUAUGGGCAUAUUUUGGGUGAAAUGCGAAGCGGGGACCUAUGUGCGGACAAUCUGUGUGCACCUUGGUUUACUUUUGGGUGUUGGAGGUCAGAUGCAAGAGCUAAGGAGAGUUCGUUCGGGUAUUUUUGGUGAAAAAGAUAAUCUGAUGACGAUGCAUGAUAUUCUGGACGCGCAAUAUCUUUAUGACCAUCACAAUGACGAUAGUUAUUUACGAAGAGUGAUCCGACCACUUGAAUCUCUCCUUGUGGGCCAUAAACGAAUCGUUGUUAAAGACAGUGCUGUGAAUGCAAUUUGCUAUGGCGCCAAAAUACUUCUACCGGGUAUUCUUCGGUUUGAAAAUGGAAUCGAACUGAAUGAAGAAAUUGUUAUUGUUACAACAAAAGGAGAAGCCAUUUGUUUAGCAUUGGCACUAAUGACCACAUCAACUAUGGCGGUAACGGAUCAUGGAGUCGUUGCAAAAAUCAAAAGAGUGAUUAUGGAAAGAGAUACUUACGCCCGAAAAUGGUGUCUUGGUCCCGUUGCGUCGAAGAAAAAGGCUAUGAUAAGUCAAGGAUUGCUUGACAAAUAUGGCAAACCAAACGAGAAAACUCCGGCUGGUUGGCGUUCCGCUUAUUACGAUCUUAGUGUCGCCAAUCCCGCUAGCAGUUGCAAGCAGAUAUCACUGGAAGAUAAGAAAAAGGUUUAUGAAAACGAGCCACCAAAAAAGAAAGAAAGGAAAAAGGUAGAAUCGUCAAAUUCAUCAAGUGAAGAAAGCGACUAA